CCCACAAUUACUUCCCUCUUUAAAUAUCCUCUCUUCAACCUCAACUCACUCCACUUCACUUCACUUCAUAUCUCUCUGACAAAACACACACCAUUAGAUUCACAUUCACAAAUGGGCCAAAAGAAAUUCAGAGGCGUACGACAACGCCACUGGGGUUCAUGGGUUUCCGAAAUCCGACACCCUUUACUGAAAAGAAGAGUGUGGCUAGGGACGUUUGAAACAGCAGAAGAAGCCGCCAGAGCGUACGAUGAAGCCGCUAUUCUAAUGAGUGGUCAUAAUGCCAAAACAAAUUUUCCAAUUGUCAAAACAGAAGCAGCAGAUGGAAACACACAAUCACAGGCUACGCCAGCUUCGGCUCUUUCUACGAUGUUAAGCGCGAAGCUAAGAAAAUGCUGUAAGGCGCCUUCACCGUCGCUGACCUGUCUCAGGCUUGACACGGAGAGUUCUCAUAUCGGAGUGUGGCAGAAACGGGCUGGAAUUCAUUCGGGUUCCAACUGGGUCAUGACCGUCGAGCUUGGGAAGACCAAAGCCAAGAUCCAAGGGGAAAUUGACGUUGUUGAAAAUUGUCGGAUUAGAGACAGUGAAGAAGAGGAUAAAAUCGCGUUGCAAAUGAUUGAAGAACUCCUUAACACGAAUUAGAAUUAGGUUCUGCUAAACGUACCCUCCCUUCAUUGUCAAAUCAUUAAUAUUCGCUCUUUUUACAGUAAAAAUAAAUCCCAUGGAUUUAAUAUUUCCUGCAAGGUUUUGAUGAAAAUUCCAAAAGGGUACGUUUAGCUAACCUUAUAUUACUGUAGUUAACUAGAUUGCUACGUAGCGAAUAAAUCUAACGCAUAGUGUGACGCUUGACUGGAAUUGACGGAGUCUGAAAGCUCGAUUGUAACCGCAGAUUCGACUUGAACUCCGUAUAUUUCUUUUACCCUAUCUCUGUUAAAGACUUGUGGAGGUGAUAAUGCACACCUUUGCUUGUAUUUUGCAAGCUACAAAA